AUUAUUGAUAAUAGUUAGCUGAACACUACUCUUUUCAGCUAUAAAACCGAGCCGACCGGCCGACCGAAUUUGCAUUUAACGUUUAGGUUUACACUCAUAACCACCGAUAAAAAAAAUACCCCGUUCAAAAAUGGCUUUUAAGUUAUGUAUCUUGGCUGCCCUCGUGGCUAUUGUCAACUGCCAAUACGGCCCAGCAUACAAACCAGCCUAUGCUGCCCCAGCAUACGCCCCCGCCUACAAACCGGCCUACGGAGCCCCCGCAUACGCCUCCGCCUACGUCUCUAAGCCCGUAGCCCCAGCAUACGCCGCCCCCGCCUACGCCGCCCCCGCCUACCACGCCCCCGCCUACGCCGCCCCCGCUUACCACGCACCCGCCUACGUCGCCCCCGCCUACAAACCAGCCUACGUUGCCCCAGCUGCCUACCACGCACCAGCAUACGCUGCCCCCGCCUACAAGGCCCCAGCUUACGGAUACUCUGCACCCGCCUACCCUGAUGCCCACCCCGCCUACAAAUUCGCCUACGAAGUGAACGACCCAUCCACCUACGAUGUCAAGAGCCAGGAGGAAGAACGUGACGGAGACUACGUCAAGGGAUCUUACUCUCUCGUCGAAGCUGACGGUAGCAGACGUGUUGUAACUUACGCCGACAACGGAUACGGUUUCGAAGCCGUCGUAUCCAAGGAGCCCGCCUACGGCGCGAAACCCGCCUACCCCGUAGCUCCCGCCUACCCAGUUGCCCCCGCCUACAAGAAGUAGAUAGUACCAAAAACCCUUAGCUAGCUCAUCUCAUUUUUCAAUUUCUUCAUAGCAUUUCAUCUGUACAUAUUCGUUAUUUAUUUUAAAUUCUCAUCCAACACACUCGUCAAUAGUAGCUCAAUAAAUGAAUUUAGUCCAAGAACUACAAAAAAA